UUCCCUUUGGGAAAUAACGUCAACGUGUCGAUGUUAGAUUUAUUAAAAUAUAUGAUAGAUUAUUUAAGAAUAAAAUACUUUUACAUAUUAUACAAUAUAAAUAAGAUACAAAUGUUAUUCACAUUUUUUUACCUUUUGUAGCAUGAAACGGGUGAAAGCAGGAAUUUUAUAUUAAGUUAAAAAUUGAAGUAUUUCUUUAAUCACUAGGAACAAUGUUAGAAUUACCCAGAAUUACUAGAGCCCUUAGAGCACACACCCAGCUCGAUAAACCACGCCAACUCAAACCUACUGCAGAAGUACCUAAACUAGUGAUAAAAUUACCAAAAAAUCUUCAAAGAUUCAAAUCUUUCACUGAUAUAUACAACUAUAUAAAGCAAAAUGAGGCAUCUUGUGAUUUUAUUAUUACUCUACUUGAUCAGCUUAAAGAAGCUUGUAAGGCACUAGUUGAAGAUGCAUCAAAUGAUAUGAUAGAAGAUGCUGCAGUAUUGACGCUAAGAAUGUUUCUUGACCAGGAUAUGGUAAUGCUAAAGCACUUAUCCCAGCUACGUCAAAUGUUUGGGAAUGUUUUAUCAUCAACUGCUAAUAAAAUAUGUGAGAUAGUAACAAAAAUAUCAAAUAACAUAACAGAGGAAACAAAAGAAUACAUUAGAGCAGAGAGUAGUGAAAUAAAAAAUGUUAAGCUAUGGGGUGAGAAUAUUCAAUGUCACUAUAUUCCAUACAAGCCUAUUAAAAAACCACUGGCCAAGUUAACCAAGAAACCAGCAACAGCUUGUGCUUUUGUAACAGACUUUUCUAUGAAGUAUAAUAACGCAAUGGUGAGCAAAGAUAGCAAUGGACCUUCAAGAGCUCCCAAAUCUAUUUCAAAAUUUGGCAAAGGAUGGUUAGAAACUAAAGUAAGGGAACUUUAUGAUGGAUCAAUGGGCAUAUCAAGUGCGGAUAUACUUCAGUCAAUUAUAACAUUUCUUAAUUCUCCAAGAAGCAAUGAUGAGAUACAGAAUGAUCUAUUUGAACUGUUAGGUUUCGACAAGUUUGAAUUCAUUGAAGAAAUAUUGCAACAUCGUAAAGAAAUUACUGAUAGUCUUAAAGAACCUCCUCCCCAACCGAGUAUUGCUGAAAUUGCUUCACUUCUGCCAGAGAACAAAAUGCCACAGUAUUUGUGUCAAGUUUCUGUACUGUCUGAACAAGAGAAAUUGUUGGCCAAAUUCGUAAGGAAAGAAGAGAAAAAAGCCAAACAUGCUAAAAAAAUUGAAGAGGAUGAACAGGAACCAGAUAUAAAUAUUGCACAAUUAAGAGCAAAACGAAUAGCGGAACUCAACAAACCUGUUGUUCCAUUUUCUACUUCAAGAAGAAGCAACAUCGAUCCCAUCUUACAAAAAAUAUCGUACUUCCAAACUAAAGUGCAGUAUCCAAACGUGUAUGAUUCUUCGAUAAAUGCGAAGAAUUCAGCAGGUUUUGUCUCUGGUUUGAAGUUAAUAUUACCAGAAAAUGCUGUAAGAACAGACAAUAAGGAAUACGAAGAGAUUGUUAUACCGAAAAAUGAACCGGCACCCUUGGAAAUCGGAAACAAACGCGUGCCUAUAUCUGACCUGGAUGAGAUAGGUCAAAUGGCAUUUGAAAACAUCAAAGAGCUGAACCGUAUACAGUCCGUGGUUUUCAACACAGCCUAUAAUACUAAUGAGAAUCUGUUGAUCUGCGCUCCCACUGGCGCUGGUAAAACGAACAUCGCACUACUCACCGUGGUACAUCAGAUAAAACAGUAUAUUGAAAAUGACGUCAUCAUGAAAAAUAAAUUUAAGAUAAUCUACAUAGCACCCAUGAAAGCGCUAGCCUCGGAAAUGACAGCAAGUUUCGGUAGACGGCUCAAAGGUCUCGGUAUAGCGGUACGAGAAUUAACCGGUGACAUGAAGUUAACGAAGACCGAGGUCCAACAGACACAGAUGAUUGUGACGACGCCUGAGAAAUGGGAUGUUGUCACCCGAAAAGGAGCCACUGAUACGGAAUUAGCGUCCAUAGUAAAGCUACUAAUAAUAGACGAAGUCCACUUAUUGCACGGAGAUAGAGGACCGAUAGUGGAGGCGAUAGUCGCUAGAACGUUGCGACAAGUGGAGUCCUCGCAGAAUAUGAUCCGUAUUGUGGGACUAUCCGCUACGUUACCGAAUUAUCUUGACGUUGCCAGAUUUCUACGUGUGAAUCCGUAUAUUGGAUUAUUUUUCUUCGACUCGCGGUUCCGACCGGUGCCCCUCGAGCAAACAUUCAUCGGUGUGAAGGAGACAGGCAGCGGCGGUGGCGCGCAUUUGAGACAGAUGCAAGCCAUGAAUGAAAUAUGUUACGAUAAAGCAAUAGAUAUGGUACAGAAAGGACACCAAGUGAUGGUGUUCGUUCACGCCCGUAACGCAACUCACCAGACAGCAAUGGUGCUCAAGGAAUUGGCACAAAAGAAAGGUCACUUGAAGUAUUUUGAACCGGAAGACUCGGGAGGUUUUCUUAAAGCUAAAAAGUCAAUAGGUAGCAGUCCGAAUAAGCAGUUGAGCGAGUUGUUCUCUUUCGGCUUCGCUUGUCAUCACGCUGGAAUGCUCCGGAGUGACAGGAAUAUGGUCGAAAAAUAUUUUGCAGAUGGCUACAUCAAAGUACUCGUAUGUACGUCCACACUCGCUUGGGGAGUCAAUCUACCGGCGCAUGCUGUUAUAAUUAGGGGCACGGAGAUCUACGACCAGAGCCACGGCACGUUCGUGGACCUGAGCAUCCUGGACGUGCUGCAGAUCUUCGGUCGCGCGGGCCGCCCGCAGUUCGACACGUCGGGCUCGGGGACCAUCAUCACGACGCACGACAAGCUCACGCACUACCUCAAGUCCAUGACCAACCAGUUCCCCAUCGAGAGCAACUUCAUCAAUCUGUUGGCUGACAACUUGAAUGCUGAGGUUGCUUUAGGAACUGUUACCAACAUAGAUGAGGCAGUCGAAUGGUUGAGUUACACCUACCUCUUCGUCAGAAUGAGGAUAAAUCCACAGGUAUACGGACUGACAUACAGCGACGUACAAGAGGAACCGAUGUUAGAAACAAAACGUCGUGAGCUCAUCACAAACGCAGCCAUGCAGUUGGAUCGCACGCACAUGUUGCGGUACAACGAGCGGACGGGAGACCUCAAUGUUACUGAUCUCGGUCGAACUGCCAGCCAUUACUACAUAACGUGCGAGACGAUGGAAGUCUUCAACUCCAUGGUCCGGAAGUCGAUGACACAGGGAUACGUGCUCGAAAUGUUGACGAGAUGUUCAGAUUUUCAACAACUAAAGGUUCGUAAAGAAGAAUUAUCAGAAUUAUGGAACCUCAAAGACCAGUACUGUGAGUUGAGGAUAGAAGACCCACCAGAGGAUAUACACUGGAAGAUCAAUAUAUUGCUCCAAACUUAUUUGUCACGGGGACGAAUCAAUGGUUCUUCGUUACAAUCUGACUUGAAUUAUAUUAGUCAAAAUGCUGUCCGAAUAGUACGCGCCUUAUUUGAAAUAACUUUACGCAAAAACAACGCGUACAUGGCGGGACUCUACCUUAAAAUGGCAAAAAUGAUGGAACUUCAAAUAUGGGACUUCUACAGUGAUAUGAGACAGUUCAACUGUUUCCCUAAUGAGAUAUUAAAACAUAUCGAGUACCCAAUGCUGAAGCCAGACCAGAUACGAGAUAUGGACUGGAAGGAGUUGGGUGAUCUUAUACGCAAUCCAAAAACAGCAAGACAGUUGAAAAAAUGUGCCGACGAAUUCCCUUUGCUGGAAAUGGAAGCCAGCUUACAUCCCAUCACUAGGACCGUGCUACGAAUUCGGCUGACUAUUACGCCCAACUUCAAGUGGAACGACAAAUAUCACGGUAAAGCGCCCGAGGCGUUCUGGAUUUGGGUCGAAGAUCCUGAUUCUGAUAUCAUGUAUUACCACGAAUACUUUCUGAUUACGAAGAAACAGGUGAUAACAAGAGAACCUCAGGAGUUGGUGAUAACCAUACCAAUAUCAGAACCUCUACCCCCACAGUACUACAUCAGAGCGACUUCAGAAAGAUGGGUAGGGUCGGAAAGUGUGCUGCCUCUUACAUUCCAACACCUCAUUCUUCCGGAAACACAUCCUCCACACACAGAUUUACUCGAACUCCAGCCCCUUCCAGUGACAGCACUAAACAAUCCAUCGUAUGAAAUGCUCUACAAUUUUAGUCAUUUCAAUCCGAUCCAGACGCAAAUAUUCCACUGUCUAUACCACACGGACAAUAACGUGCUAUUGGGAGCUCCCACUGGCUCGGGGAAGACCAUUGUCGCUGAAGUGGCCAUGUUCAGGGUUUUCAAUCAGUAUCCAGGCUGUAAGGUUGUGUACAUAGCACCUCUAAAAGCUCUCGUGAAAGAACGUAUCAAGGAUUGGAAAGUGAGAUUAGAAGAAAGACUUGGCAAGAAAGUUGUAGAGUUAACAGGUGAUGUAUCGCCCGAUAUACGAGCCAUAAGAAAUUCCCACGUGAUAGUCACAACUCCUGAGAAAUGGGACGGCAUCAGUCGAUCGUGGCAGACACGGAACUAUGUGAGGGAUGUUGCGCUGAUCGUUAUAGACGAGAUACAUUUACUGGGGGAGGAUAGAGGACCAGUUUUGGAAGUCAUUGUGUCCAGAACAAAUUUCAUCGAAUCGCACACGUCGCGUCGUCUUCGCAUAAUCGGCCUGUCGACUGCUCUCGCGAACGCUAAGGAUCUCGCUAAUUGGUUGAACAUCAGCGAUAUGGGAUUGUACAAUUUCAGGCCCUCAGUUCGGCCUGUUCCUUUGGAGGUGCACAUCUCGGGCCACCCGGGGCGGCACUACUGCCCGCGCAUGCUGUCCAUGAACAAGCCGACGUUCGCCGCCAUCCGCGCGCACUCGCCCAGGGCGCCCGCGCUCGUGUUCGUGUCCAGUCGCCGCCAGACGCGAUUAACAGCUUUGGACUUGAUAGCGUAUUUGGCCGCAGAAGACAAUCCGAAACAAUGGCUCCACAUGCAAGAAGCAGAGAUGGAACAAAUCCUAUCGAAUAUUCGAGAGUCGAACCUCAAACUUACCUUAGCGUUCGGUAUCGGAAUCCAUCACGCUGGUCUUCAUGAGAAAGAUCGGACGACGGUAGAAGAAUUGUUCAUCAAUCAAAAAAUACAGGUGCUUAUCUGCACAGCGACAUUAGCUUGGGGGGUCAACUUCCCCGCACAUUUAGUUGUCAUCAAAGGCACGGAAUACUUCGACGGGAAGCAGAAGAGAUAUGUUGAUAUGCCCAUCACCGAUGUGCUGCAAAUGAUGGGAAGAGCUGGUCGACCACAGUACGAUAAUGAAGGGGUUGCAGUGGUAUUGGUUCACGAUCAGAAGAAGAAUUUCUACAAGAAGUUCCUCUACGAGCCGUUCCCUGUCGAAUCCAGCUUACUAGAAGUCUUAGCUGAUCACUUGAAUGCUGAAAUCGUCGCUGGUACGGUUCAAACUAAACAAGACAUUCUCGACUAUCUGACGUGGACGUAUUUCUUCCGUCGUUUGCUGAAGAAUCCCUCAUACUACAACCUCGAGAGCUUGGAAGCACAAGAUAUUAACUACUAUUUAUCGAAUUUGGUGCAAACAUCGCUGGACGCACUCAUCAAUGCCAAUUGUGUGGAAAUUGAGGAGGAUCAACGAACUGUCCACUCCACGUGGAUGGGUCGUAUAGCCUCGUACUACUACCUGUCUCACAAGACGAUGGCGCACUUCCACUUGAAUUUACAAAGCAAUCUCACUUUGGACAAUCUCUUGAGAAUUCUGUCCGACGCGGAGGAGUACGCGACGCUCCCCGUGCGCCACAAUGAAGAUAUUCUUAAUGGCGAGCUAUCCCAACAAUGUCGCCUGCCUGUAGACUCUCUGUCGCUGGACUCCUCCAACGUGAAAGCAUUCCUUCUGCUUCAAGCGCAUUUGACGAGACUGACGCUACCUAACACCGACUACUUGACUGACACUAAGUCGGUUUUGGAUCAAACUAUAAGAAUCAUUCAGGCUAUGAUAGACACGUCAGCGGAGAACGGUUGGCUUUCCGUAUGUUUGUCCUGUCAGAUAUUAAUGCAGUGUAUCGUGCAAGCGAGGUGGCCCUCCGACUCCCCUCUGACCACGCUUCCACACAUAGAGUCCCAACAUUUAUACAUAUUCUCACACAUGGAAAGGGACUCCAAAAAGCCGUGUACAAUGUUAAAUGGCUUAAAAGUUGCCUGUAUGAGGAAUUAUGAGCUACUUGCUAAGUAUAUGAGGAGGGAAUUUGAGGAGAAUCAAAUUGAACAGGUUCAUCGGGCAAUUUGCGAUUUACCGUCUCUGAACGUAACUAUACACGUCCGAGGAUUGUGGUUCGACGCGGACCACGAACAAGACAAGAAACUCAGGCAACCGCCUGCGAAGGACCAAUGGACACCUUUACACGCUGAUCAGGAAUAUACUCUCGUGAUAGAUAUGAACAGGCGAGGUGGGAACUCCAAUAACGUGCUAUGUCCGAGAUUCCCGCGCGGGAAGAACGAGGGUUGGUUCCUUACUCUGGGCUCCAUCGACAACGGAGAGCUGCAGGCGCUCAAGCGGGUCGCCGCCAAAGGAACCACGCACCUCACCUUUUAUACCCCUCCCAACACUGGGAGGAUUAUAUAUACUGUGUAUAUAAUGAGCGACAGUUACUUAGGAUUGGAUCAGCAGUAUGAUUUACAGUUUGAAGUGAUUGAUCCCCUACCAGCGGAAACCGUUGAGCAAGUGUAUGACACUAUGGAUAAAGUUAUCAUGGAAUGAUUAUUAUUUACUGUUUAUAAAUAAAUUAUUUUUAUAAAUAA